ACAGUGCUGGGCACCUUGGAGAUGGGGCGCCGCAUGGACGCCCCAGCCAGCGCCGCGGCCGUGCGCGCCUUCCUGGAGCGCGGCCACACGGAGCUGGACACGGCCUUCAUGUACAGCGACGGCCAGUCCGAGAGCAUUCUGGGCGGCCUGGGCCUCGGGCUGGGCGGCGGCGACUGCAGAGCAAAAGUCGCCACCAAGGCCAAUCCUGGGAGACUGUCGCUGAAGCCUGACAGUCUCCGGACCCAGCUGGAGACAUCACUGGAGCGGCUGCAGUGCUCCAGGGUGGACCUCUUCUACCUGCAUGCCCCUGACCACGACACCCCCGUGGAAGAGACGCUGCGUGCCUGCCACCAGCUACACCAGGAGGGCAAGUUUGUGGAGCUUGGCCUCUCCAACUAUGCUGCCUGGGAGGUGGCCGAGAUCUGUACCCUCUGCAAGAGCAGCGGCUGGAUCCUGCCCACCGUGUACCAGGGCAUGUACAAGGCCACCGCCCAGCAGGUGGAAACGGAGCUCCUCCCCUGCCUCAGGCAC